AUGGAUGGCGGUGAAACCCCACCACCACCACCACCAACACCUAAGAUUGAACCUAAUUCACCAUAUUACCUCGGAUCGCAAGACCGACCGGGAGAUUUCAUCACACCCACCCUCCUAACAACAGAUAAUUAUGAAUCUUGGGCAGCCAACAUGCAAACAGAAUUAGAAGUUCGAAGGAAAUUUGAAUUUAUGGAUGGCUCCAUCAAUAAACCGUCACCCCCUUGCACGAAGUCUGAUUGGACGGCGAUUAAUGUGAUGCUCAUAUCGUGGAUCACGAAUACGAUAGACCCCAAUUUGAGGACAUCCUUGUCCAAAUUCAGAGAGGCUAAAUCCUUUUGGGAUCACCUCAAGCAACAUUUUACAUAA